AUUGUCAUCCCUCAUCCCUCAUCGAAAUGCUGUCUGCCUGCUGCUACCUACUUCACACAUAUACAAUAAGCAACCGUCAUUCUGCCACUCUCAACCCUCAACCCAGAGAUCAUCUUAUGCGAUAACAGCACCUCUUCUUUUGAUUAAGUUCCUCCCAGGUCCCCCCCAACGAGAGACCCGUCGCUAUGUGCACUCCGGAUCUCUUCCUCGGCUUCCUCGCCAUUCUCUUCCCUCCCCUGCCCGUCUGGGUCAAGCGCGGCCUCUGCUCCGCCGACUCGAUCAUCAACAUCCUACUCUGCGUUCUCGGCUACAUCCCCGGUCUCCUCCACUCCUGGUACAUAAUCGCCAAGUACACCGACCCAGCCGACUACGAGCCCCUCUCGCGGGAUCGCGAGAGUGGCAGCAUAACCUACGUCUACGUGCACCAGCCAUCCCCGCAACCGCAGCCCGACCAUCGUCCACAGCCCAAGCCUACCUCGCAGCCGAACUACGGCGCCACCACCACUUUUGCUGCCUCCAGCAACACCGGCAACGCCGCCUCGUCCUCUUCCACCGGCCCCGCGAACGGCGAGGGCAGUCAUGAUGGUUCCGGCAGGCCCCCGCCCACUUACGCUGAGGCUGUAAAGGGCGACAACAAGAUACAAACCCACGACUAGGCGCCGUAAAGCCGCUCUGUUGCUACCGCACUACCGUUCCGGCGUCAGCAACAACCAUCUUUGGGUACUACUAGGUUUCGUCCAAAUCGAAACUGGCACUUUGCAAGGCUCAUGCCACUAGGUGCCUAUGUAACUGAUAAUCGCGAAGGGGUUGGCGGAGAG